AUGUUUAUCAAACCCUUUAAACUAAAGUCGAAUAUUCUCGUGACUGGUUCCGAGAAAAAACGGCUAAGGCAGCGCGUGAUGGCUCAGUUCAAUCGGGUCGAUGACGAAACGGUGACGUCCCCAUUGGCGGAGCUGUUCGGAAAUCGGACUAAGGUGUGCAUCGUCAAAAUAAUCACCUACCACGAAGAACCGGUGACGGUGUACACAAGCGACAAACGGCCCAUAUUUUUUGAGAUCAACCUUAAGCUGCUACCAACCGUUUACACUCUGUGGAGCUGCCCGGAUCUCGUUCCUUUGUUCACUACUCAUUCCACAGUACUGCCGAAGUUGGCGAAUGGGGCUGACCUAAUGAUACCAGGAGUGGUGAAACAGGGCACAAACCUAGCAUCGUGGGGUCGUCACGCAAAGGAUGAUGUUGUCGCGGUAAACUUGACCUCCAACCGAGCUGCGGUUGGGGUUGGACUGCUGGCUCAUUCGAGCAGUGAUCUCUACAUGUGUGGUGGUCGAGGGGUUUGCGUUAAAAUGAUGCACGUAUUCGGUGACAAACUGUGGGGUAUGGAACCUUCAGUUUGCCAGCAGGUGCCGCUACAGGGAACCGUUGUGUCCGUGCCAACUGACACUGACUUUCCUCCACUUGGAAGCGAAAAAGUAAAACCUUCAGAGGAAUUAUCUGUCAAACAGGUUUCAAAAUCAUUGGAAAAUGCUUCUCUAAGUACGAAGGAGGAAGAGAGCGAUGGUAGUCAUUCUGAGCGGGAAUCUGAAGAACCGGAAAAAGAAGAAAAGCCUCCGAAUCCAGAUGAUUUGAUUAAGGGUGCAUUUUUGAAUGCUCUCAAAUUGCACGGCAAGAAGGUGGCUCUUCCGAUGCUUACUAGUACAUUCUACCCUCAGUACGUGCAGCCUGAAAUUCCAGAAGGGAUAGAAAUGAAGAAAACCUCUUUCAAGAAGGUGGGAACCUUCCUGAAGCAGAUGGCCGAUGAAGGACUGAUCGAAAUCAAGGAGGAGAAAAAGGGAAUUGAAAAGGUGACAUCGUUGAACCUGGAACACCCAGACGUUCUAUCCUUUUAUCCGUACAAAACAACAAAGCCCUCCGUUGACCAAGAAUCUGGCGGCGCUGUAUCGGCAGAGUCUUCGUCGAACCCGCUGCUACUGACACAAAUGACGACCAUGUAUGCCGUAAACGAACGAACAGGGAAGCUUUUCGGUUGCUUCAACGUGGCCAUUGGCAAGGCUCUUGACCAGACACAGGUUCGCAAUUACAUGCGCGACUACGUGCGGCGGAAUAAGCUUAUCAAUGCUUCUACAAAAUUGGUUACGCUGGACGAAACAUUGAUGGAAAUUUGUGGUGGUGAUGAUCUCGUUGCGCUACCGGAUCUCACCGAAACGGUGUUAAACUCCAUGACAUGCACCUUCGAGAUGCGUAGCCAAAAAGGACCUGUUAUGAAGGGAGGCAAACGGGCAAUAAUUCACCUGACAACGGCAACACGUAGCGGCAACAAAAAAAUAACACUAAUUAGCAAUCUCGAAGAUUACGGUAUUAACGUGAACGAUUUUGCGAAAGCUGUUAAGCAUGGAGCGGCGGCCAGCACAACGAUGACAGAGGUGCCCGGCUCGAAGGGAGAACAGCUGAUGGUCCAGGGAAAUCACAUAAAAUUCGUUUUUGAAUUGCUGACGACCACGUACCAGGUCCCUAAGGCGUGCAUUACUGGAUUGGAGUUCGCUAAAGAACAGAAAAAGAAAAAAAAGUAGUGCUACAAGCAGUUGCAUGGGUUCCUGAUAA